AUGGACUUCACGGUCCAGACACAGCAACAACCGCCGGCACGCCCUAUCCCCGCCGACGCGGCCAGCUCCUCGGCGAACCCACUGAAGGCGCGACGCCGUACCUCUCUACCAUCGUCGGUCCAGACGACUGAUAGCCGUCCCAAGAAGCGCACCCCUAAUUACAUUCGCACCCAGGCCGCGUCGCCCCAGGUCAUUUCCUCGCUGAUUGACCAGCUGUCCGCCAUAUCCAUCCCGGCGCAUAACCACUUCGAGAACCUCCUCGUGGGCUACGACAGCGGCCUAUCCGCCCCUACGAGCCCGAGCAUACACACGCAGUCUGGACGCAACUCGCUAGCCGGCCAAGAUGCAGCUUCUGUAGACCAAACCGCCUAUUACAAUUCGAUCAGGGGCCAGAACGACUUGUAUCCCGACGACGCAUGCGAACCACCCGUUAUUCGAACCUCAAAGCCGCCAUCGGGCUUGUCACCCCUUACCGCGCCCAAGAAGCGAGACAAGCCGCAUUCGCUGAGCAGCUACAUCGGGCGCAGCGCAGGCAGCUCGGCAUCCAUACACUCUGCACACUCGAAUCGAUCAGCGAGCAGCUUUGGCAACAUCAGCAUCGAAGCUGCGCCACCGAAAAAAUUGUCAAUUGACAGCACCAGAUCGUCAGUGGAGAGCAAGAGGAGUGCAAAAGGUCACAGGAGUUUGAUGUACAUGAGCUCGCGCGAGCGACUCAAGCAGAAGGAGACGGAACGGAAGCGCGCAACCAUCCACACCUUGGAAGAUAUCACAUCGCCGGAUUCACCCAGAAAGUCUGCGUCCCAACUAUUCCCCUAUGAGGAUACCAUCAAGGAAGAGCCCUUCGUAAAGGAGGAGGAACAAGAGCCUGCAACGGAAUCGUCCAGGUUCGCGCAGCGGUAUCCCAGUCGAAAUACUAGUCCACGCCGAAUACGUCUCAACUUAGUCGACGGUCCCAACGGAGAGAGCCCCUCGGACAAAGGCUUGAUCCCCGAACGAGGUUCAUCGCUGAAGCACACGGGGAGUCCGACGCGCAAGAGUAAAAAGGGUCACGCCGACGAGAAGAGUCGCCAAAAGUCUCGUAAAACCAACAUGGUCCCAGAAGAAGACAAGAAGUUGGUUCAAGAGUCGGCAAUGAAGCAGAAGAUUCUAAAGGAACUAGAACACGAGGAAAGUGAAGUUGCGCAAAGGAUUCGAGAAUUAAAGGAGCAGAAGAUGCGGAGGGACAAAUUAGCCGGAAAGAUGCCCGUGGACGACGUUGAUGCAGGGGCAACACCACCCAGUGUGCCUCGCGUUUCAUCCCUCCCGAACCCUGACCCUUCCCCCGCCUCAUCUGUGUCAAGCGCGUCGGAAAUCCGCGUGCAGGACUUGACCAAAGCCCACAAGGUACUUGGAAUCUCCGUGCAGCCAGCAUCAUCGGAGAAACGGACGGAGAAGUUACCAGAGAAAUAUGAAGAUCGCGAAUCCGAACACACCGCAACACCUCAAACACGGAGUAUGCGCCAUUCGAGGCACAGGAGUCUGACGGUGAACGACGGUGAAGAUUUUGCCCCGCUCCCUAUCAACUACGCUCUCGCGCUUCAAAGCCUCGAGGAAUCGGCGCCAUUAUCACCCCUAGAACCACCCGGAGCGAAGAAUCUCUUAUCGUCAAGCGUUAGUAUCGCAUCUACGGUGGGAACAAAAUCUAGUAGCGACACAGCGGCACCCAGGCGCGCAAGUUCGUUCGUUGUCGGUGGAAGGUCCGCGGUCGGGCGUAGAGCAGCACCUAGUUCGGCAACCAUGAGCAACACUGGCAAUGCCACGGGACACAAGCACUCUUCGAGUGUAACAGAUAGUGCCAUCAGCAGGAUGUCACCGACAUCCCGUUCGGCCAGUGAAGAGGUUGCACUGCGACACCAAUCGCUGCAAGUACCAUCUCCAUCAGCAUCUAACAGCCUGCAGCUCCAGCGUCGGCGCACGCUUACCAAGAAACGGUGGUCUCAUCCAGAUCUACCAGCAAAGGCGGAGAAAGAGCACAAUAUCAAGAUGGAGAAGUCAGAAGCAAAGAUGGCAGCCGCGGCGGUUCAAAGUCUCCCAUAUCCAGUAAUCGAGGAGCGACCGGUGAGCUUGGACUCGAUCGAUAUCGACGUGCAGAGCUACCUCAACUCCCCGCGUCUGUCGCAGAAGAUUCGACAUCCGCAGACUGGGAGGAUUAUCUCCUUCUCAGAAGUCGGUGAUCCCGACGGCUAUGCUGUCUUCGUUUGUGUCGGUAUGGGUCUGACAAGAUAUGUCAUGGCCUUUUAUGACCAGCUAGCUGCGACAUUGAAGUUGCGAUUGAUCACACCAGACCGUCCUGGCAUCGGAGAGAGCCAAGUUGAUCCGAACGGCACUCCUCUUAGCUGGCCUGAUGAUGUACUCGUCAUAUGCCAGGCUCUGAAGAUCAGCAAGUUCUCUUUGUUGGCGCAUUCGGCAGGCGCAGUGUAUGCUCUCGCAACAUCAUUACGGAUGCCACAGCAUAUUCGCGGCCGGGUGCAUCUGCUCGCACCCUGGAUACCUCCGUCUCAAAUGGCACCCAUUGGCAUCAGCCAAGACUCACCUCCCACACAGCAACUACCUAGAUCUCAACGCUUUCUUCGCGCUCUACCUCCCUCCCUGCUCAAAGUCGCCAACUCGACGUUCCUAAGCGCGACCAGCGCAAGCCUGCAGCGCACAGGACCGAAAAGCUCUCCAAAGACAAGGCGGAAAAGCAUGGCCCCGCAAACAGUACCUUCACCACAGUCACGUCCCCCACUCAAAGACUCCCGUCCAGACUCUAUGCUGCUAAUGGACCAAGUCCUUCCUAACGCGAGCUCGUUGACCCUGACGAGUCCCGCCGACCCCAACUACGAGCAAACAAAGCGUAUGCAGGAAGCCCUCUCUCUUGCCGAACGUGAACGCCAACACGCAUUCGACGAGCGCCUCACAUUCGCCAUCUGGGACCGUGCGACGACAAACGCGAAUCCCGCGACUGAUCUCAUCGUCUGUCUGGAAACUAAACAAAGCAUCGGCUUCCGCUACGAGGACAUCAAUCGCCCAGUUGUCAUUCACCACGGAAGCAAAGACUCACGUGUGCCGGCUGAUAACGUGCGAUGGCUCGGUCGCCUUAUGCGCAAGUGCGAAGUCCGUAUCUUGGAAGGCGAGCACCAUGGUCUCAUGGCCAGCGCACAGGUCAUGGGAAAUGUGCUCACCGAGAUGGCCAGUGAUUGGGAAGAGUGGACGAGCAUGACAUCUCAAAAACCUCCGACUGCAGACCAACGGACGGUUUCGCGACGAAGGACGACCGAGAAGCUGAGAAGCCAGUUGAGUUUCUCUGCUUAA